UUUUUGUUUUUUUUGGAAAACCUGAUGUGGCCCAGCCUCGCCCAGACCCUAGCUCCAGUGGCCCCCAGCAAUACUUCAACUGACGUCCCAGAUGCAUCUAGACACACUGCCUGGGGGGCUCCAAAAGGAGACGUCCACAAUGCUGGCUGUGCUAGAGCAAUGGGGGGACGACACUGGCUGCCAUCGAGACAACAUGGAGUUUUUCAUAUUACUUAUGCUCUCCAAGUUUGGAUUGGAUGUCUGUGCGUUGGGCUUGUAUAACCGUGCUCGACUGUUCACCUCCUUGCUGGGCAUGUUCAGUCUGACCAUCGUCCUCGCUGAUCUGGUGAUGGCGUUUUUUAUGGUCACCGUGUGGUUACUUGCCACUGAAAGUAUCUCGGCUUGCUUCCUCAUGGCUUUUUCAUCGGCCACGUAUGGAACACUGCCUCUGCCUAUGGUGUGCCUGUGUUUAUUAGACUAUUGUUUAGGAGACACCUGGAAAACCUCCUACAAGGCCCUCACGAACAUGGCAGUCACACUUCUCAUGUGGACAUUUGCAGGCGUAUACUCCUACAGUACUGUGAACGUGGAGCUCAUAGAGCUGAGGUACGCCGCAGGUAAAAAGGUUCUCCUUUGUGAGGUUCAGGUCACCACAGUGAUUACCUUCUUUCUUUUGGGUCUCUUUGGCUUGAUGAUUUGUUCAAUGCUGCCCUUCUGCUCACGGAUUCCACUGUGGAUGUGUGAAGCCCGGAGGUUGCACAAAGCAAGGGAGAAUCAAGAGAACCAGUGGAGCGACCUGCUCACAUCAACCAACCGCUCAAAGUUGACAAUGUCAGAGGAGACCAACUACCUUGGAAAGACUACCACACCACGACCUCCACUAUGGUUCAGUCUAAUGUUGGGCUUUGGUACAUACUGGAUGCCUUAUCUUGUUAUAAAUGCAGCCUGCCUAGUUCUUGGUUUCUGGGUACCCGCCUACAUCGCAGUGAACCUACUGUGGUUGGAGUGCACCGACAGUGUCAUUGUAGCUGUGAUGUUCUGGGCAAAGAGCUCAACACAAGGGCCUUAUGCAAGAGUACCACCAAAUGUGUGCUCAUGGGAAGUGUACUGGCAUUUGAGCAACGGCACGAACAACAAUGACACAAUGAUAUACAAACCCUCACAUGUUUAAUACAGUAGAACCUGCUUAUGUUAAAGGCCGCCUAUUAUGCUUUUUUCCCACUUUCCCGACCUAUAAAUGCUUUUACAAUGUUGUAUCCUCAUGUUAAACGAUGCCAAAGCGUCAGAUAAUGAGAUAACUGUGAGCCCCGAAAGAAUUGUUUGGAUGUUUUGGAUGGUCCAUAAUUUUGUGUAAUACUUGCUUUUUAUAGUCAGUAUAGUUACCCCAGACCCCCAUUCACUGUGCAAUAUUAAGGGCUCUAAAUGCAAUAUACUAAGUUCUAUGUGAAGUAUUUCCAUAAUGCCUCAUAUUAACUCUCUAACAAGAUCUCAGUGUAUAGACUGGUUAUAUAUCUCAUCUCGUUUCAUAUUACCUACAUACUGUAUUGUAUAUAACUCUGGAAGGUUUUUGUUAAUACUUGGGUUGUUUAUAUUGUUUAUUUUUCUAUAUUGUGUAUUUUGUACUGCUUAACUGACUCUGUACUUGCUGCUGUGCAAUACAAAUUUCCCCAUUGAGGGACGAAUAA